UGAGUCGCGGUCUCCACCACGGCAGCAUUUCGCCCACCGGUCUCUUUACGCACCUAUCUCCCUCUCGCUCCCUACCCCCUUUUAUCGUCCCGUACCUACCCCACGACCUCUUCGCACGACCUCUCUCGUUGUAUCCCCUCCUCCCCACCUGUUCGCCCUUUCGCGAACGGUGCAUAUACGACACCGGGUGCAUAACACCCUCUGCGUCCCUCCGCUCGCUCUCGCUGCCCUAUAGGUGAAGGUGUCGCGGCGCGAUGCGUUAGUGUAAGUGCGGCAUGAUGAAUGAACGGUAUUUUAGAGGGACGGAAGUGGUGCACGGUCCUACCUAGAGCCCUUUCGCAACGAUCGUACGUCACCCACCGCACCGGCGACGCAGGAAUCGCAGGAUCCUAUCCCUGCUAGCGAAGAUGCGCCUCGCGCAGAGAGCUGCAGUUGCCCACGUGGAAGUAUGGACCAGCUGUGCUCGAAGGAUUUAGUGACGCACCGCUUCUCUCUCUGUGAUUGCGCGAAUCUUGCUCUCGCUCGGUCCUUCAUUCAUAACCGCGAUAAGAGCGAAAAGGUGUGACUGCUCCACGUGAAGACAGAUUUGUGAAAUGUUCUCUCUAACGCACGGUAACGAACCGAUGUAUUCGAUGGCGUGACGAUGAUAAAGCGUGUCGAGCGAUUUUGAAAAUUAGACGUGAGAACGCGACCGUUUAAAUUCAAUUGAAGAAUGUGGAAUUAGAAUCGUUGAAUCGCGAUUUAUUCAUCAUGAAUGUUUUCUACGUUUCGUUGGGUAAACGCGCGAACUCUCCAAGUGCGGAAAAAACAAAAACAAUGAAUCAUCAAAAAAGCGAACACGUAACCACUUCGGCAUGGUCGAUAUCUCGUGAAUAUUUCGUGAGAAAUGCUGACCGAAAGCACGUCGCCCUCAGCCGACUGUUGCAGCUUUGAAGAAGCAGUUGACGUGAAAUGUAUCGGAAACGAUGGACUGUGAAAGCAUUGGGAAUGGAUUUACAAUAUAGCGGCAAUGGGACCGGUUGCAAACCUUUCAAAAUGAUCUGCGUUUUCAUCCUCUUCAUGCUGUUACACGUUUUUCCAGGAAGCAUCGCGUACGAAUCGCAUGUUUUUAUGACGGAUACCUUUCAAGAACGCACAACAGCGGAAAUUGAUCCAUACUUUGACACCACAAUGCCGUCCAACAUCACUGGUUUGGCUGGAGAAACUGUUCAACUAGCGUGCAGAGUGAAGAACAUCGGAAAUAGAACGGUUUCAUGGGUGAGACAUCGUGACAUUCACUUGCUGACAGUCGGCACUUACACUUACACGAGUGAUCAACGUUUCGAGGCGAUGCACAAACUCCAUACAGAAGAAUGGAUUCUCAGAAUACGAUAUCCACAGCGAAAGGAUUCUGGUAUCUACGAGUGCCAAAUAUCCACGACUCCACCCAUCGGUCAUCCUGUUCGUCUGACUAUAGUUGAACCCGUGACGGAAAUAGCCGGCGGUCCUGAUCUGUUCAUCAACAAGGACAGCACGAUAAAUUUAACGUGCUAUGUGAGACACGCGCCUGAACCACCGUCGACGAUAAUUUGGAGUCAUAACCAUCAGGCGAUUAACUUCGACUCACCGAGGGGUGGCAUCAGCCUGGUAACGGAAAAGGGACCCGUAACUUCGAGCCGUUUACUCAUUCAGAAGGCGAUCAGAACAGACUCCGGUCUUUACACGUGUUCACCCAAUAAUACUCAUCCUGACAGCGUACGGGUCCACAUAGUCGAUGAAGAACACCCAGCGGCAAUGCAUCACGGUAGAGGCGACAGAAUGGCCGCGACGCUACUUCCGGUCGUCCUACUUCUUCGGAUAAUAUUCUAGCCGACGUUAUGCACUCUGGGCUCGGGGUUGAAUGCGCGCGAACUUAAGCACGGUCGCCCAACUCCCACGAAAUCAUCGAGUGGAGAUUCAGUUUCGCGGUUUUGUCUCCGAGGAUUCAACUCGUUGCGAUGCGCAUUCGACACACGUUUGCCUCGCGAAAAUAACGGAAUCUUAUCGUAAAUUUGCAUCGCGUGUCUCCCAUUACGUCGUCAGACUGAUUGGAAUACAUCCGCGUUACGGAAAAUCCAUUUGUCACAUCCAUUGUCGCGUGGAAAAUGUGAGUUAAAAUAAAUAUUAGACUAGAUGUAUCCGAGGAAAUGAUGAAUUGCG